GCAUGAUAAGUGAAAUGUUUCUUACAAAAUAUUAAAUACCUAAAUAAUAGAAUAAAUAAGGGUUAAACAUGUUUCUCCGAACCUUUUUAAGACCAAUUAUAAUGCAUCAAAAUCGAAGAGAAUUUCUUCGUUUCUCAUCAUCGGUUGCGGAAGCUUCCAGCUCAGAAUCUACAGAAAGUUCCAUAGAUGAAAGUGAUUUACCAGUAAGAAUGGAAAAUCCUUUUCGCAAAGAAAGAGUUCAGUGUGUAUUAUGCAAACACCAAAUAUCGCCGGAUUAUAAAAAUGUCAAGUUGCUAUCCCAAUUUCAAUCACCAUUUACUGGAAGGAUUUAUGGUAGGCACAUUACUGGGUUAUGCAAGAAAAUGCAGAGGAAAGUCGAACAAGAAAUAGUCAAAGCUCAAAAAAGUGUAUUGAUGGGUACAGUUACUAAGGACGUUCAAUUCUUCAAAGAUCCAAAACUUUUUGAUCCAGAAAAACCAAUUAGACCACACAAAUAUUGAAUUCGUUUAUUUGUGCUUAGAAUUUUUACAUAAUACUUAAAAUAAAUUCAGAAAAAGAGAUUCAGAGGAA